GGGGAGGAAGCGUGCGCGGGAAGGAAGCCCGUAGAAAGCGCAGCAACGCGUCCGGUGGAGAAUGCUAAAGGUCAACCGUCAGAGCUUCGCCUGUUAUGUUCUGCCCGUUGUCAUUGUUACAGUAAUAGUAUUAGCUGCAUCAUCGCUAGCGGCAGUCGAGGAAGUAUUGUAGUAUUUACCGCCGAUAAAGCAGCAAAAAGCAGUAGCGCAAUCAGUGGUAGCCGACGGACGUGGUGUUUUGUGCUUGUGCGUCAUCGCAGGCUGGGAAGUGGAAUAAGUCAUAAUAGCAUCCAGCUGAGAGAGCGCAAAGUUGUCCGAAGUUUCCCCAUCCACUCCGGGAGGCGAGCGUUGCGCACCCGGUGCCCUUAAAGCGUGCUUGUGUGUCUAUUUACGCAGAAGAGUAUUAUCGUAAUCGGCUGAUGUGUUGAGUGUACGGCCCGGAUAAAGUCCUGCACACGCACGCACACCGAAGAGGACACAACGUAGACCCGCCGAUGGCCAAUGCAGGUCAGCACAUAUUACUUGGAUCGGCUGUAGUGAAUUCCGUUACUGGAAAGGUGUCAUGUGCAGCUACUGCUUAGCCUGGUCCGGUCGUUUUCAUACGGAGUGGCAAUACUAGGCUGUUGUGUAGAGCCGUGGCGAGUGGAACGUGAUUUCCCAUUUUACUUCUGCACACACGUUUCCAUAGGAACGAUCGAUUUUGAAGUGAAAGAAGCAACGACAACAUCAAUCGCCAUCCAGCAUGGGUGGCUCAGUUAGCCAAGUGUUUCGGUCCGGCAGUGCGCUGCUCUCGAACCGCGACGGCCACAAGGUGUCGGAAACGACGGUUGAAAAGGUGAACACAAUCUUCGACGCACUCAGGGCAAAUCCAAAGAUAUCGAUACAGCGGCUAGAGCCACUGUUGCUUCAAAUACCGAAGUACGAAAAUAUCCUUGCGAUACACGACGAAACAGGAUACAAUUUGCUGCAGAAAAGCGUAGGACUAAACCAUGUAGAACUAGCUAGGUGGCUACUGCAAAGACAUCGCCCGGAUGUGAACCGGAGCUCGUGUUCCUUACCACUGCACAUAGCCUGUCUGAAGGGUUACGAAGAAUGUGUAGAGCUGCUGCUUAAACACGGUGCUAGAAUAGAUACCGAAGCAAGGAUGUGCUUUCCCGGUGCACACUCGCACAACUGCGAAGAGAGUGGGAAGUACAAAAAUCAAGGCGACGAUGUGAGGGUUUGCGAGCGACCGAACACGAAGCUGCAGAAUGCCGUCUGCUACGCGAUCGAUGGCGAUCAGAUCAACGUGCUGAACAUACUGGCUCAAAAGAUGGAGGAACCGUGGAUGCCGUUCCGGGUGCGGAAGCCGCUGCUGCACAUUGCCUGCGAGCGGGGCGCCUGGAAGUGUGUGCAGCAUCUCGUCCAGACGCGCUCGGACGAGAUCAAUCUGAUCAAGGACGAGUACUACCCGAUCCACCAGGCGGUGCUGCACGAUGGACGCUUUCUGGAGCUGCUGAUACAGCACGGUGCCAUCACGACGGUGCGCACCUGCACGCAGCAAAUGACGCUGCUGCAUGUUGUAAUCCUGGCGGCGAGAAAAUCGGCCGAAGACACACUCACCACAAUUCGUAUACUGUUGGAACGGGGCUGCAAGGAACUGAUCAAUAGUCCCGAUUCUUUGGGCAACACCCCACUGCACGCGAUCAUCGUCCGGUAUGCCCUAGAGGAGGCCAGAUAUGGCUACGACAAGUGGAACAAAUGGGAUGUGUUGCAUUUGGUGCGCUUUCUACUGCAGAACGGUGCUAAGAGCUCAAUCAAUCAAACAGGAAACAGUGCGCUUGCCUGCGUCUUUCGCCAUAUACGAGACUGGGAGGUUUGCUACGAGCUGCUGAACAUGCUCAUCAAAGAAGGAGGAGACCCCAAUAUUGUUGGUCGGGAUGGAUCCGUUCCUAUUAUGGUCUGUUUAGUGCCACUUAUCAACAAGGAUCCGCUGCACCAUUUCACACACUCAAUGAAGGUCUGCUAUUUGAACUGCAUUCGAAUACUGUUACAAAACGGCGCCAAUCCAAACUGCUCCUAUCGCUCCAACCUGACGCCGCUCCACGUGCUCAUCUUCACCGUCUCCGAGAACUUUACGCUCAACUGUGAUAUCCAGAAACGCGCCAACUUUGACUUUAUCAAAAACAUUCUCCUGCUGCUGCUGCAGUACGGGCUGGACUGCAACAUCACCUCCCAGCACAUCCUGCAGUCGGUGAUCGACAUGAUCGUCAACGUGCGCACCUGCCCGGACAUUCUGUGCGUGUACGAGCUGCUGCUGCUGCUGAUCCAGUACGGCAUCGAUCCGAACAUUUCGCUCAGCAACAAGCUGAUGGCGAACGGGGCGAGCAGCAGCAACUCUUCCAUCAUUUUCGUAAACGAUUUCAUCAACUUCGGCGGUAUACGUGGUGCCGCACCGGGUGGUGCGGUGGAUGCUGCCGCCUCCGGCGGUGCCAGCAGUACCGGCGGCCCCAGCAACGGCGGACCGGGUGGAGUGGUGGUGACGGGCGGUGCUGGAGGAGGAGGCGGUGGUGCUUCCUCAGCGGCAAACGGGAACGGCGGUGGACCGGGCGGGUCGGGCACAGGCGGUCCCUCGAAUGGGAACGAAAACCUGCGCAGCUCGUUCCGCAACAAUGCGCGCAACUAUCUGCUGUUCUACUACAUUAUGCUGAUCACGCGCAAAGAGUUCAUUCUGCUCGACCGGGAGCAAACGUACCAGCGCAUCAUCUACCUGUUCUACUACUCGAUGAAGCACGAACCACUGUUCAACUGCCUGAAGACGCUGCACAAUCUGCUGAUCGCGCAGGUGCCGCACCGGUCGAUCGACAACCUGCGCCACCUAAUCAUUACGCUGUACAAGAAGCCGCGCAGCCUGAAGCAGCUGUGCCGCGUCUGCAUCUACAACAGCCUGGACAAGAAGCUGGCCCCGAACAUAGCGCGGCUGAAUCUGCCCGGUCCGUUGAAAGAGUACGUGAUGAACUUCGACAAGUAGAGCCGCUGACGGACGAACACGAGCGGGGAUGAGCCGUAAGUUAAGAAGAAGAAAAAAAAACAACACGAGAGUUAACGCUUUCUCUCGAGAUCUCUUUCAUUAGGUGCUGCGAUAGCUAGUUGUUUGUUUUGUUGUGUAUCGUUAACGUGCCCGAAGAUAAAGCAAGUAGCAGCGAUCGUUUAUCUAUCAGACCGACGGUUUAUUUCCCUUCAUUUUCAUUUCCCUUUUAGGAUACAGUCUAGAUAGUUUAGAUUAGUUUUGUAAAAUUAAAAAAAAUCCGUUUCGUUACUCUCCAUUAACUGUACGUCUUUUUUUCUCUGUCACUCUCUACAUUUUAAUUAAGACUUUUCAGCAUUCAAUUAGAUACACUCGCUAGUUAAAAGAAUAUAGCUAAGGAUCUCCAAAGCAAUCUUAUGCCACGAACAAAGACAUCUUUAGUUUAAGUCGUUUUUCAACCGUAGCUGACCGUAAAAUGAUCUGAAGAAGAAACAAAAAAAAAAAACACUCCCAAUCGAAUGUAGCUAUAAACGAAAGCGCCAGGAAACGCGUCCAUGAAGGAGGAUUACGCGCCCCAAAGCCUAAUCGAUGUGUCCUAAACAGCCCGUAAACAAAAAAUGAAAACAAUCGUACACGUAUAAAUAUUGUAAAGCUCGCAGUGAGCUAGCAAAAAAAAGAACAUGAAAAUAUGUAUGUGUGUUGUGUGUAUAAUGUAAAUAUGUUGUAGCGUUUACUAAGGAUCCACACUUUUAUAGGUAGUUGGUUAGAUAAACAAGUACAUGCGCUCGUGCAGCCGGAGUUGGAGGCGGAAAAUGGAGAGUGUGCUGGUGGUGGUGGUAGUGGUGUGCACAUGAAGCAACAUCGAUGCAGUAGAUAUGACUAACGAAAUUAUACGAUCAGGCACACAAACACACACUGGCUUCCGGUUGCACGUCAGCAGGAGCAGUCGUCACGAACAAACGAACAAAUAUAUCAAACAAAAUAUA